UCCACCUCAGCUGGACUUAAAGCUCACACAGCUCUUGUUCUCCUUCUCACGUCGUUUAAAAAAAAAAAAAAAAAAAGCAAAAUCAGCGCGUGACUGCACGUGCCACUCCGGAGCGACGACGGCUAAUAUCCCACUUACGAGGAUUUUGGAUAAACGCAUCAUUUUAAAAAUGGACCUUUUGUUUAUUUCUGUGUGGCAGAUGAGCAUGGUGCUCAGUCUUAUUCCUUCUGGGAAUCAGGCAGAAUCAAGUCAGUCUCAGACUGCAUACUUCCUGCCAGAGUUUGCUCUGUCUCCACAAGGAAGCUUUCUGGAGGACACAACAGGAGAGCAGUACCUCACGUAUCGCUACGAUGAUCAGACGUCAAGGACCACCCGCUCCGAUGAAGAGAGGGAUAAUGGAUGGGAUGCUUGGGGACUGUGGAGUGAUUGUUCUCGCACAUGUGGAGGAGGAGCUUCUUACUCUUUAAGGAGAUGUCUAAAUGGAGGGAAUUGUGAAGGAAGAAACAUACGUUACAGGACAUGCAGCAACACAGACUGCCCUGUUGAGUCAGGUGACUUCAGAGCUCAGCAGUGCUCUGCCCACAAUGACAUCAAAUACCAGGGACAGACGUAUGAGUGGAUUCCAGUGAGCUAUGACCCAAUCUCGCCGUGUACCCUCAAGUGUCAAGCUCGAGGGAAGAGCUUAGUGGUGGAAUUGGCACCUAAAGUUCUGGAUGGCACUCGGUGUAAAGCUGAUUCUUUGGAUAUGUGCAUCAAUGGCAUAUGCCAGGAAGUGGGCUGUGACAGGCAGCUGGGCAGCAACACUAAGCCGGAUAACUGUGGAGUGUGUGGAGGAGAUGGCUCGAGCUGCCGCCUGAUCCGAGGCCAAUCACAGAUACAUGUCACGUUGGAGGAACCCCUGAAGACGGUGGUUGAGGUUCCUCUAGGAAGCAGAGGUCUGAGACUUACAGCCAAGGGUCCGGACAUCAUAAUGAUUGAAGCUCACAGUUUAAGUGACAGAAGAGAGGAGCUGGUGCUGAGCUCUCCAGGCUUGUACACUCUGGCAAACAGCUCUGUGGAGUAUCAGAAAGGAAGAGAAGCGGACAGACAGAUCCUGCGCUGCCAUGGGCCGCUCACUGCAGACUUCACUAUCAAGAUGAAGUAUGCAGCUCCGAAGGACACAGUGGUCAUGUUCCUGUUCCAUCAACCCAUCCGCUAUCAGUGGAGAGAGACAGACUUCUUCCCCUGUUCUGUAAAGUGUGGAGGAGGCUACCAGCUAAACUCGGCCGACUGCGUGGACAUCCGCUUCAACAGGACUGUCCCAGAUCAUAACUGUCACAGCUACCCGGAAAACACUAAACCCAAACCCAAGCUGAAGGAGUGCAACAUGGAUCCCUGUCUUGAAAGUGAUGGCUUCAAAGAGGUCAUGCCUUACGAUCACUUUCAGCCUCUUCCACGGUGGGAGCAGAACCCCUGGACAUCAUGUUCUGUAUCGUGUGGCGGCGGAAGUCAGGAGCGCAGUGUGGUGUGCGUGGAGGAGGACAUGCAGGGCCAGAUCGUUCAAGUCGAGGAAUGGAAGUGCACACACUCGGCACGGCCCAUCGCCAAACAGAGCUGCAACAAUUUCGAGUGCCCAAAGUGGUUGGCAAUGGAGUGGUCUCAGUGUACAGUGACCUGUGGCCGGGGUUUGCGUUACCGUGUGGUUGUGUGUGUGGAUCACCAAGGAGAGCACACAGGAGGCUGCACCACUCAACUUAAACCCCACAUCAAAGAGGAGUGCUUAGUGCCGAUCGCAUGUCACAAACCCAGAGAGAGUGUGCCUGUAGAAGCCAAAGUCCCAUGGCUUAAACAAGCCCAAGAGCUGGAGGAGACCAGAGUAGCCACUGAAGAACCAACGUUCAUCCCAGGCCCGUGGUCUCCCUGCAGUGUGUCUUGCGGAGUGGGUAUACAGAAGCGCACUGUAAAGUGCAGGGUGUUUCUUUCCUUUACUCAGACUGAGGUGGAUCUUCCGGAAGAGGAGUGUGGCGAGGAUAAGCCCCCUGCCCAUAGAUCUUGCACCCUUGAAGCUUGCUCCAGACUACCAGAUACUUCACAGCACCCACUGGAAAAUCAGAAUAAAUCCUCCAGGAAAAACUACAUUUGGGAGUAUAGGGGGUUCACAGCAUGCUCAGUCUCCUGUGCUUUAGGCAGGCAGAUGGCUGUUAUUCGUUGUGUAAGGGCUGGGCGACGGGAGAUUGUUGAAGAUACACUCUGUGAUGAGCCUCUUAAGCCCCGCACCGUUAUGCGCAUGUGCAACCCUCAGCCUUGUCCUUCCAGAUGGGAGGUAAGCAAGUGGAACACAUGCUCGGUGUCGUGCGGAGUUGGGUUGCAGACACGCAGUGUGUGGUGUGUGAGAUCUGUAGGAACCAAUCAAAGUGAGUCAGCACCGAACUCUGAGUGCCGAGGGCCACGCCCUACAGAGGUUCAGGCCUGCAAUCAGGUGCAAUGUGUUCCCACCUGGGAGACCGACGAGUGGCAGGAGUGCUCCAGUUCAUGUGGGACAGGAACCCAGUGGCGUAAGGUUUAUUGCAGGCAGCGCUUGGCCACAGGGAGCCAUCGUCGCCUGCAAGACGAGGAGUGUGAUGGAGUUAAACCCGAUACACACCGGCCCUGUGUCAGCACGCAGUGCCUAAAACCUCACCUAGUGGGUGGGGAGUGGUCCAAGUGCUCUGUCACAUGCGGAAAAGGAAUCCAGCGCAGAGAGCCUGUGUGUAGAAGGCAGACAGCAUCCGGCCAGCUGGUUACUCUGGACAGAUCUGUGUGUAUCGGCCUUCAACCUCCUCCUUUAAUCAGGAGCUGCCGCAUGAUUCCCUGCAACAGACACAAGUACUCCAAGAAACGUUGUCCUCAGGUUCUGGGUCUUAAACGUAUCUACAUCCAGACAAAACAAGAGAAAAGGCUUAGUUUCACAAUCGGAGGACGUGCUUAUCUUUUCCCAAAGACAUCAGUCACUAUUAAAUGUCCGGUACGCUACUUUCCUAAAGCCCAUGUUCGCUGGGAGAAAGAUGGUAUGGACCUUCAAAGCUCAAAACAUCUGACCAUCACAAAAUCUGGGGCCUUAAGAAUCUACAGCUUGGAUGUUGGAGACAUUGGGCAGUAUCGCUGCCUAACUAACCAGGAUUCAGACAUCUUCAUCUUAAAGCUGAUUGGCCAUGAUAACAGGCUGCUAGAACAUCCAGAAAGUAAGAAAUUUGUAAAGCAGAAAAUGAACAGCAGCUCAAGAACUUUUCCCAACAAAGAGGGAGGUAUUGUUACUUCCAUGUGCCAGGACCAGGAGGAGAUUUCUGUGGCUAGGAAGGUCCAGAAACAUGGUCAAAGCUGGCUGCAAAGGAAUGAGCUUUAUCUGGAUGAAGACCACACUAAGGAGCCUAGGGAUCCCAUGGAUCUAGGUAACUAUCUUUUAGCAUCAACUUCUACUAGUGACUCUGUGAUUUCUGCAGCUUCAGGAGCCUUAACUCUGGAGCCAGAUGAGUUUGAGGAACUAGUCAGAAAUAUCAGCCAGCUUGCAGAAAGUGGAGAUGUGACAGAUGACCUUGCCUCCCAGCUUAUUGGCAAGCUGAUGGAGGAGAUAGCAGCGUCCCAAGCCGGAAUAGACAAGGAGACAAUCAAAGUGGAAAACAAACAUUUAAAUAGAACCCCUAACUCCUCUGAACGCUCUGGAGGGAAGAGUUUGAAGAGCAGAGCGGUUAUUGUUCGUCAUAGUCCACAUGGAUCUGCUAUGAGCUUUCAGAGAGACCUCAGUAUUAAUAUGGGAAGAACUGCCUACAUAACCAAUGCCACUCGAAGCCUGACACUUUUCUGUUCAGCUCAGGGUAUCCCAACACCUACAGUGUCCUGGAUCAAAGAUGGACUACCGCUGCAAGCUAGUACCGGAGAACUGCACAUCAUGAGCCCAGGUGUUAAAGAUGUUGGAAUCUACAGGUGCACAGCAAACAAUGAAAUGGGAUCAGAUUCAGAAACAACACAGGUGCUAUUGGCUGAACACCCUGUUAUCAUGGGUUCUUGGAAGAAUAUAUCUGACCUACACAGUGCCAAUCUGAACGUGGUAGUAGGAGGCAGAAUAAGAACCCAUAUUGGUGCCAAUCUCAUGCUGGACUGUCCAGUUACAGGUGUUCCUCAGCCUGCUGUAAGUUGGCACCGAUUAGAGGGCAAGCUGAGUGCCAACAUCAUUUCACUCACAAAUGGCUCUUUGCUACUUCACAAUCUUACGCUGCAGGAUGAUGGCACCUACAGCUGCAUAGCCUCCAAUCCCAUCGGCAAAGCUUCGGCUUUUAGCAGGAUCCACGUAGCUGAUGUCAGAGAGGCAGCAUUAAAUGAUAAAAGCUCAUUAUCCAAGGAUAUAAACAGGAAACAAGUCGUGAUGGCCUCCCGCUCUGGAACAGUCAUCACAGUCAGUCCUGGGGACAUCCUGAGGAUCGGUUGUCCAGUAGUCCAAAGCCACAGGAAACCCAUCAAAUGGACAUAUGAGAAUCAAACCCUAAAGCAAACACCAGGCCUGCACUACCGCAUGCUUGCUGCAGGCCGCAUUAUAGAAGUGCACACUCUGAACAGCAGGUUUGAAGGACACUUUGAGUGCCAAACCCACACCAACAAUCAGAUGAUCUCUGCCUGGAUUCACAUUCUCUCACAAGAAUUUGAGUGGCGUUUGGCUGAAUGGAGUGCAUGCAGUGCGAGUUGUGGAAAUAAAGGUUCUCAGAGCAGAAAGGUUCACUGCGUAAGUAGCAGCGGGCACGAGAUGCCCCCUUCGUCCUGCCAACAUCUUCCUAAACCGUUCUCUCUAACACGGCCGUGUAACCUCCACGAUUGUCCUCCCAGCUGGGGGUCCACCAUGUGGUCCAAAUGCUCCACGUCAUGCGGUCGCGGUUUCCGGCAGAGGCGGGUGUCAUGCCAGCGUCUGGAGGCCAGCGGGACUGUUCGGGUUUUGACUGACGCAGCGUGUGAAGGAACAUCACGCCCUGAGCACAGAGAGACGUGUGUUUUAGAAGCUUGUGCUGAUUGGAUCAGUGGACCCUGGGGACAGUGUUCAGGCCGCUGUCUCGGUCCAGGUGUGGCAACGCAGAGAAGAACAGUGAUGUGCCAGAAACUGAAUGGCACAGACUUGGCUUGCGAUCCCAAAGAAAGACCUGCCCCAGUAAGAAACUGCACGUCAGAAAUGUGCAAUGUUCACUGGAGGGUGUCUCUAUGGCGAAUGUGCACUGCAACAUGUGGAAGUGGCUUCCAGUCACGUAGGGUUGAAUGUGUGCAUCAGAAUUAUAACAAGACCCUUCCUGACCUUCACUGCGCCUGGCAGCGUCGCCCUGUCACCUGGCAACACUGCAACAUCACUUCCUGUGGCAAUGAGUGUAAGGACACAACACAUUACUGUGCGGUGGUGAAACGCCUCAGGUUGUGUUCCAUUGAACUGUAUACACAGAGAUGCUGCAUGUCUUGCUCAGAAGACUCGGGCACUAUGUAGUGCUUGCUGAUGAAACAUCCCCAGCUUUUACAGCACACUGACUUCUGAACACUGUUCUUCUUUCCAAUCAAAGCACAUGUGGAAUAAAUCUGAAGUGGAAGGACUCCAGGACUUUGCUGCAUAAACGAGGAGAGAGUGCCAUUUUUGGGACACGGCCGAGGUUAAGUGGAUGCUCUAUGUAAUUUGGACUAAAGGGCCUUUAUCUAGGCUGAAGUGAGUUUUGGGUGUGCAUUGGCAAUUCACUGCUGACAAACAAAACAGCACUAAUUCAGCUCUCACCUCUCGUCAUUAUAUAAUGUUCAUUAUGAGUAUCAUGUGUGGAAUAAUUUAUAAGAAUGUGUUUUGCUCUAUAUUUAAUCAUCAGGAAGAGAAGCAGAGAAUAUUGGACCAUUCACGUGUGUGAAGGGAGGCUGUAUAUAGGGUACUUAUAGUGGAUGAGAAUCUGAAAAGUCAGAAAAUCCAAAAGGGCAACGCUUUUAUUAAAGGUUAUCUAAAUAUUGACUUCAUAACACAUGUGCAAGCAGGGAAUAAGAUGAAUAUAAAACGAUGUAUGAGAACUUAAGCACAACAGCGUAUGGCAGUAUUUCCCAGACGUUACAUUACAACAGAGAAUCAAAGUACAAGAAGGCAUGGAAGGUAUAUUUACGGGCAUAAUUACAAUCAAGGAAUAUAAUUUUUAAUUAUAAGGAUAAGAAUUUAUCUAUUUUGUCACAUAAAAAAAAACCCAGCUUUUUAUAUUGAUUUUUUAUAUUCUACCUAUUUUAUAAAAAUAAAUUAGGUUUGUGAUGCAUUUAAGUCAAAUUAAUUAGUUUACUUUAAACAUACUAUUUUUACCAUUAUUUAUCAUUAUUUAUUUUAGCUGAACUUACAUAUUUUAUGUAAGUUAUUGAGUGAAAAUUCUGUCCUAAAUGUAAAUAUGUUCAGGGCUGCACUAUUUGAUAAAAAAAAUGACAUUGCGAUUAUUUUAACACAUUGCGAUUGUGAUUUAAACUACAAUUUUUAACUAUUUACUGUAUUUAUACAUCUUUAUCUAGCAAAAAAUUGGAGAACUUACCUUAUUAAGAGAAUAUUUGCAGAUAUUUAUUUAUGAACUUAAUCAAUUAUGUAACAAAAUAAUCCUACUUAAAGUAUUCAUAAACUCUACAUAUAUUCCCAACUAUGCGUAUACUAUGUGUAAGAAAUGGCAGCCUGUUAUGAUUCAAUAAUUCCACAGUUCCAUAUUGAGAUUAAAAUUUUCCAGUUAUCCCCUUUCCAGUAGUAUCUGCACAAAGUAGCCAACCUCUACUUUACUUAUCAUUAAACAUUUAGUUCAAUAAAACACAUUAGGGCAUGCUGUGUUAUAGGAAAAUAAGUCAUUACCUACCCACAGUGUCUUAUUUUUCUAUAGCUGCAUGUCCCGAAGCGUUUUAUUCGUCCUAUACCACUGCAGUUUGCAGAGACUGUCCAGUUUACCUGGCCUACGGUCAAAUAUCUUAAAAACAUUUUUAGCAUUCAUAUGAACACACUUUUUUUUUUCGGUACAUUCCCCGAAUAAGCACAGUUUAAACUUGGAUUUGCCAUUGCAACCUCGUUUAGCUUUGUAUAUUGCACAUAAAUGUUUUGCGCAUGGACCCUGGUUACACAAAUGAUCCAUGACAUAUUUUUCCCUGUAGCCCUUCAUCAAGCACAAGUCUCAUUUACUCAUGCUUCUUAAGCCUCUCGAGACCCAGACUCUAACUUUGUGCACCUUGUAAUUUCUCCUCACUGUUUCGGUUUAUUAGCACUUGAUAACUGUUGAAUUUAAUCACUGUGUUUAAACGGGUUUGGGAAUAGAGAAAUAUGCAGCGGUUCUCUUAUGAGGAUCUUACAUGGGUAUGUACACAGUGUAGUUGGGAGAAAAUAUGUUACAGUAUCCUCAUAUGAGGACAGCAGUAUCUUGUGAGGUUAAUAAGUUAUAUAUCUUUCCCUUUUAGAAAUUUGCUUUCAGUUACAAAUGGGUACAUGGAGGUAAAGGUGUACCAAUUAUCAAAUUUCAGCCAUUAAGAUUUUGAAGCUGGUGGCCAGAAAAGUGCACAAAAGAUCGACACUCAUGGCACAACAUUUGAAACCGACACUACCACAAGAUUCAGCCAUAAGAUUACAAUAAUAAAAAUUAAGCCCAAUCUUGCAUAAGUUCACUUUGUGCCACCAGCUCUAGCCCCUCGGGGGACCAGAAUGACCCCUGGAGUACAGUAUGACCCCUGGAGGUGUACGGCACCAGGAUGUUGGCAGUGGAUCCUUUGGAAGCUGUGGGGCCUCUGUGCAUUGGGCUUGUUUGUCUGCUGCAUUCCUAAUCAAAUUAGGAUCUGGGGAGCUUAGAGGCCUGAUUGGGAGUCUUUACCUGCUGGGCCCCAUCCUCAAAAGGUUCUGGCGCACUGGGUGUUCUGGUGCCUUUCCAUUUUAGCCAUUGGCUUUUUCUUGGGAUUGUACCAGACAGGCUGGCCUUUGCUCUCCACCGGCAUAAAAGAGGCUUGGGUGCCCAUGAUCCUGCCCCCAAUUUUUUUUUCGUGUGUAAAUAAUAAUGAUUUGUUAAUGUUAUGGCUAAUCGGUGUACUGUAUACACUGACAGUCUUGAAUCAUAUGUCUUUUUUUCACACAUGUACCAGGAUCACAACAAUUGGGGCAUGAACUGUAACAUACAUAGAAACAGACAUUGACUGUUGUUUAUACAUUUGGUAUUCAUAUCUUAUUCUAAAAGCACUAUUCCUUACUUAUGCAUGUGUUAUGAAGACAUUAUGUAGAUCAUUUUAAUGUAUGAGGGACUGAACAGUCUUUACAUCACCUGAAUCUCCAGUUGCCAUGCCUUUCAAAUGUACUUGUGUGUGGAUGUGUGUGUGUGUGUCUGCGUGUGUGUUCAACCAAUGUGCUGCAUUGUAAAUUAAUUCUUGUACAUAAUGUGUGUGUUUUUUAAGUGCAAUAUUGUACAUUGAGUGUAGAGAUUCUGGAGUUAUUUUCUUAUCUGCUAAUGUAGUUCACAUUGUAAUCCAUAUUUAUGAUUUCAGAAAACUUUAUCAAUUAUUCAUGUAGAUAAUCCAUGAGUUGACUACCAUUCUUUCUUCUGUAUUUAAAAGCAUGCAACUUAAUUACAGUUUAAAAUGUUUAAAUAGAAACACAAACCAUGUGCUGAAAUGAGUACAGGUAAUAUAUUACCAGGUUAUUUGGCUACUGACGUGUAAAACCAUUCGCUUGUUCGGGAUGGUGAGCUUUUUGAUAGGGGACUGUCUGGAAUUCCUUAAUACGUCUCUGUGUUAGAGCAUAAAGAAAAUAAAUAACAUUUUUGAGACAGUUUAUUUUUUCUUAAGUAUUAUUUUGGCACAUGAAUCUUGUUUUUUUUUUUUUUUUAACAUUUGGAUAUUUAGUAUGUUCCCUACACCACCAGAUAUCAGAAAGAACCAUUUGGUUGGUUUGUACAGCCAACACACACAUAUAUAUAUGAUUUUAUGCAUGAUUUUAUGCAAUGAAAUGUACAAACAUUUUAUUUAGUUUGGACUCUCAACUAGUUGUUUAGCAAUGUGCAAAGUGCAUGUCUGAUUCAGGAUACACCUCCAACCACAUUACGUUUGUUCUGUUUCUCAAAGCGAAGGCAGAUUAAUGUACGAGGGUGAGUCAAAAUGUGCAGUGUGCAGUAAUUACUUUUUUGUGGUCUGAGGAAGUACUUGGUGCCAUUAUUUA